CAAACUCAAGAACCUCACAUUCCUUGAUUUGUCCUACAAUUUUAUCCCCGGUGAGUUCCCAGCUUUGCUCUACAAUUGCUCGAAGCUCCAGCACUUAGACCUCUCCAUGAACUACUUCAUCGGCUCAAUUCCCGGGGACAUUUGCCAGUUAUCUACUCUGGUUUACUUAGACCUCAGUAGCAACAACUUCUCGGAUAUUCCUCCAAGUAUCGGAGGAUUACGGAACUUGAAAGAACUCCGUUUACAAUAUAAUGAGUUCAACGCCACUUUUCCUGGGGAAAUCGGCAACCUAUCCAAUCUUGAGCUUCUAUGGAUGGCCAAUAAUGGCUUUGUGCGUAUGAAGAUACCUAAUAGGUUUACUCAAUUGAAGAAAUUGAGGAACUUAUGGAUGAGGGCGACGAAUUUAAUCGGCCAAAUUCCGGAGGGCUUCGCCAACAUCUCUAGCCUAGAAUGGCUCGAUUUAUCGGAGAACAAUCUGGAAGGUCCGAUCCCUAGCAGGCUUCUCAUGUUGAAGAAACUGACUAACUUGUUUCUCUACAACAAUGAGCUUUCUGGUGAGAUACCCAGACCCGUCGAAGCUUUGAACUUGUCUCAAAUUGAUCUUUGCAUGAAUAAUUUGACGGGUACGAUACCAGGAGAAUUUGGGAUGAUGCGAAAUCUUGUUUUCUUUAAUCUGAUGUCGAAUCAGUUAACAGGGGAGAUACCGGCCGGAAUUGGUUCUUUGUCAAGUUUGGCAGUCUUAGAGGCAGGUAACAAUCUCUUAUCCGGUGAAAUACCGGCCGGAAUUGGUUCUUUGUCAAGUUUGAUGGUCUUCGAGGCAAACAACAAUCUCUUAUCCGGCCAAAUCCCUGCCGGAAUUGGUUCUUUGUCAAGUUUGAUAGACUUCGAGGUAAAUAACAAUCUCUUAUCCGGCCAAAUUCCGGCCGAAAUUGGUUCUUUGUCAAGUUUGGCAAUCUUCGAGGCAAGUAACAACCUCUUAUCCGGCCAUAUCCCGGUGGAAAUAACACAUCUUUCUAGCCUUUUUACUCUCCUCCUAGAUGGAAAUCAACUCUCCGGUGAAUUACCAUCCGAUGUAGCCUCUUGGAAAUCGUUGAUUACCUUGGACCUGUCCGGAAACAAACUUUCCGGUCAAAUUCCGGUUGCAAUUGGGUCAUUACCUAACCUCCUCAGCCUGGAUUUAUCAGAAAACCAAUUUUCUGGGAAAAUCCCAGCAAGCCUUGGCAACCUGAAGCUCACAUCACUCAACUUAUCAUCCAACAAACUUUCCGAGGAAAUCCCAGAUGAGUUUGAUAACCUUGCUUACGAAAACAGUUUCUUGAACAAUUCCAAUCUCUGUGCUGCCACUGGAGGUUUUCUUUCAAUGCGUCAGGGAUUUGGUGCUGCUUCCAGAUCAGCAAUCUUUGGUGGUGUUUUGCUUGCUUUGAUUGAAGUAGCUGGCAUCAUGUUGAAUAAGGUUCUUAGUGCGCCACAGAAUAUGCCUAUCAUGAUGGAAGAGCCAACUCCCAAAAUGGCCCGCAUGCCUGGAAUUCCAAUGGGACAAUUACUAGGUCAAUCUCCAGUACCAUCAACACCACCAACACCACCCACAUCUUCUUCUUCUUCUUCUUCAUGGUUCGGGCUCGGGGGGCUUUUUGGUGGUGGGAAAGAGCAGGAGACAGCAAGCAGUGGAAGCAAGACCGAGAACCAGAUUGGUUUCUCCAAGAGACAAAGGUCAAGAGGCAAUAGACAGAAAGACAGAGAGUCUGCAUGGUGUGCUAGACACGAAGCUCGACAUCAAGUUUCUGAAUCUGGCUUGGAUAUUAACAGGGGCCCUGUUAUGGAGGUAGAUGAUGAUGGAAAACCCAGAAGAACUGGGGGCUACGCCCCUGGCACCCCCUCCCUCCGCCAAUGGUUACAGAUCUCCGAUCACCAGCGAGAGAAAUUGCUCUUACAUGGAAGCUGUCAGAAGCUACUUAGGUGGAACCAAGUACAAGGCUUGUGGGUGGGUGCAGUGUAUCUACCUUUCUGGGAUGAUCGUCGGCUAUACUAUCACAGCAUCGAUAAGCAUGGUCUCACAUGGCUCUCCACCGUCGCUGCUGUCAUGUCUUUUGGGUAUGCAUUCAUCGGAAUAGGACUCGCGUUUGCAAAGGUUGUGUCAGGAAAAGGUGAAAGAACUUCACUGACGGGAAUGGAAGUAGGGGUGGGCUUCAAUGCGGCAGAUAAUGUCUGGACGAUGCUCAGGGCAGUUGGAGACAUGGCAUUUGCUUUUGCAUAUUCUACCGUUUUGACUGAAAUCCAAGAUACGUUGAAGUCUUCACCACCAGAAAAUCAAACAAUGAAGAAAGCUAACACAAUAGGUAUGUCUACAGCAACAACUCUGUACUUGCUUUGCAGUUGUCUGGGUUAUGCCACUUUUGGUGACCAUGCGCCUGGUAACUUCCUCACGGGGUUUGGAUUCUACGAGUGGUUCUGGCUGUUAGACCUGGCCAAUGUCUUCAUUGUGGUGCACCUAGUUGGAGCAUAUCAGCUCAACCGGAGAAAGCUCAGUUUCAGCUUAUUGAGGCUGGUGUGGAGAACAUUAUUUGUGGUGGUGGCAACAGUUCUUGCAAUGGCAUUGCCUUUCUUCAAUGACAUACUUGCUCUCCUUGGGGCAAUUGGGUUCUGGCCCAUGACCGUGUACUUCCCUGUGGAAAUGUACAUUGUUCGGAAGAAAAUCAAACGUGGGUCAAGAAGUUGGGUUGGGCUCCAGAUUCUGAACUUUGUUUGCUUACUGGUUUCAGUUGCAGUAACUUGUGGAUCCCUUAAGGGGCUGAACCAGGCUCUCAAGUCGUCCAAGCCCUUCAAGUUCAAGGAGUAGCCCAUAAUAAGUUGCUAAUUAAUUU